AUGAUCGUCAUGGGCAUUAUGACCGGGACGAGUGUCGACGGAGUCGUCAAAAAUCAAUUCUUUAUCUUACAAAAAAAACUUCGAAAAGACGUUGUCAUUGUUGAUUUCAAAAACGCAGACAGCAAUUUUGAAAUUAAAACGACCAAGGUUCAUCAAUUUCCUCAGGUGCUUCAAGAUGAUAUCAAAAGCUUAAUUGCUGGAGAAAGAAAGUCUUGCGAGUUUAUUUCAAACACUGAAGAAGCAUAUGAAAAUCUACUGAUUGAAAUCGCCGGGGAGUAUUUGCCACAGUAUGAGAUUCAAUUAGUGGCUAUUCAUGGGCAAACGAUUUACCAUCGCCCGAGAACUUCAAAGAAACCGGCUCGAACCUGGCAAAUUGGAAGGGGAAGAAGACUAGCCUCAGAACUAGGAAUUCCUGUUGCCUGUGAUACCUUUUUUAUCCAAAGAAAGACUAGCAGGAGGACACGGGGCACCUCUUAUGCCAGCCGUGGAAAGCUCGAUCGAAUAUUCAGAACCGGGGACAAUUAUGCUAAAUAUCGGAGGACUAGCAAAUUUAUCUUUCUCCGACGAGUCUGGGUCAAUCGGAACUUUUUUGGGUUGGACUUUGACGAGGAUGGAAGACUUGCAAAAGAAGGGACAAUUAAUGAUUCUCAUCUAAGUCGCCUUCUCGAGGAUCCAUACUUUCGACUUCCUCAUCCUAAAUCGACUGGCAGAGAGUAUUUCAACAAAAUGAUGAUAAAGCAAUUAUUGGACGACGUAAAGGCCAAUAAAUCGGAGAAAAUAGCAACAAUUACGGCCCUAACAACGGAGACGAUCAUAAAAGAAGUUGAAAAAAUUGGGCGGAGUGCUCGCUUUUUGAAAGUUUUUGGUGGUGGAGCUCGGAAUACGACGAUCAUGAACACACUUGAAAAACGACUGCCUCAUUUGAAAGUUUCUGCUGCUGUUUCUAGUGAUUUCAGAGAAGCACUAGGGUUUGCUAUUCUUGGAUACAGACGUUGGCACCGAAUUCUGUCUGUUACUACUACUGGUGCUUCUGGACCCGUUUUACUUGGAGAACUAUACGAUUGA